UGUAACACUUGAUUAAGCACGUCACUUUACUCUAUUGUCUCUUCUCGCAUCAGAAUUAAAGAAUUUCAUGGUGUUGUGGGUGACACAUAUACGUAUUAAUUUUUAGUUUAAGACCACAUUGGCACCAACUGCGGGAAAAUGGAUACAAUGGAAUAUGAGCUCGCUAGAAAUCUCACUCUGUUGUUCUUCGUGGAGCGCCUGCUCGAUAAAGGCGAGCCGAGAACGUUGCACGAUCUUUCCUGCCAGUUUGGUGCCAAGGGUUUCACCAAGGAGAUGCGUCAGAUCGCAGGCGGGUCGCAGUCGGGCCUCAAGAAGUUCCUGGCCCAGUAUCCCGCGUUGUUCGACAUAGACGGGGACUAUGUCGGUAUCAACACGUAUCAAAGGCACCUGAGCGGCGCUGGCGCCUCCUCCAAUAACGACUACAUAGAAGAGGCCAAGGAGUACUUCGCGAACAAGAUGAUCCAGUACGGCGAGGGGACCGAAGUACCUAUCAAGAGCCUCUUAGGACACCGCAGUCAAGCAUCCCCACAGGUACGACACAUUUCCGGGCAGCGUAUCAAAGAGUUUAAAGAUUUCCUUCUGAAGCACCCGGAAACUUUUCAGAUAAUUGAAGAUAAUGUUGUUCUAGUCAGUGAGACUUAUAGAAGAGAUAAUGCUCAUGGUAACUCAGAGCAUUUUCACAAUUUGCCUGUAGCUAAUAUAAACACAGACACUGCCCAACAGUUGCUAGACUAUGUUGCACAGUGCAUUGAAGCAAAAGGUCCCGUUAUGGUGGACCAACUGUUCCACUUGAUCGUUUCUCGCUUCCCUCAAGAAUACUGGUAUCAAAUGUUUAAGACACCGGCAGACUUGAGCGCCUUUCUGAAAAUAUUUUCAGAUAGUUUCCACGUUCAGUCCAAUCUUGUCACACUAAUUAGCAAACCAAAAAUACCUGUAAUGUAUUUAAAUGCAAAAACUAAAGUUAAGACUGACCCACCAAAGCAAGUGGUUGAAGAAAAACCUGUCUCCCCUGCUCCUCCCGUAGUGGUGAGUCCGACUCCAUCCGAUGGUGUUAGGAGCCCUGCACAUAGGAUUCUCAGUCCUGUAGAAUCACCGCGUGUUCAACAAGCUAAUAUAGCUAACCAAACCCUUAAACAAAGAAUAAAUUCUAUUGUUAUAAAGAAUUUAGCUGAAAACAUGGUACGGGAUAGAGUUAACAACCACUUAAAUGCUCGUGCUUCGGAAGAUACUAAUGGAAUGGCAAGUAUAAGAAACAAUAUGAUGGGUGAGGCCUGGAGGCAGAAGGUGUUACAGAGCACCACUGUCAUAGCAAAUAUAAGAGAGUGUUGUGCAGUCAUCGAUAGCAUCAUGAAUAACAGACGCACCACAAAAAGUAUUGUUUCUUUUGACUGUGAAGGCAUAAAUUUGGGAUUAAAAGGAGUGCUGACACUGUGUCAAAUUGCUACCAUGAAUGGAGAAGUUUAUAUUCUGGACAUCAUGGCCUGCCCGGGCAUGGUAGUGGAGGGGAAAAUAAAGGAGCUCCUUGAGUGUGAACAUGUUAUUAAAAUUAUUCACGACUGUAGGAAUGACUCGGUCAAUUUAUACAAUCAAUUUGAGAUUACUUUGAAAAAUAUUUUUGACACUCAGGCAGCUCAUGCGGUUUUACAAUUGCAACAACAAGGUGUACCAGUUUACAAAGUGAAGAAUCUUAGUCUUAAUGCACUUUGUGAGUUGUACAAUGCUCCCAUGAAUCCUAUGAAAGAACAGUUAAAAAACGUAUACCGUAGAGACCAGCGUUACUGGGCACGGAGACCAUUGUCAAAGGAUAUGAUAAUUUAUGCAGCUUCUGAUGUACUCUCUCUUGUAAAUCCAGCAAUCUUCGCUUACAUGUCAAGUAACAUAAAACCUGAUAAUCAACAACUUUUUGAAGAAUUGUCGAAUGAACAAGUUUUUAUGCAUAUUCAACCUACAGAAGUAAAGUUACGAAAAAGACAAAGAAAAAUAAACACUGAAGUGGGUGAAUUAAAAUCAAAGCUGGCAGAGUCCACCAAGAAUAUUGUUUUGAGUAACAGGGAAAUAAGAUUGCUGAGGUAUUUGGAAUUAACUGAAGAUGAGAAAGAAAAGCUAAAAGGAUGUCACAAAAUUUCAAAGAAACUUGAAAAGCUCGAAGCUAUGGGUCAAGAUAAAGACAGCGACUCUGAUGAGGAUGAAAAAGAAAAUGAGAUGGCCAGCUUAGAAUCAAACCCUUCAGAUUCCAUAUCCUCACCACACUCCACACAGCCUCCCAGCCUCACAGAAUCUAUGCAGAUGAUGGAUGAGAUACUGUCAGACACAAAUAUGGACAAAGUGGAGAAGAUCAACCGUCUGGAAGCUAUUCUUUCGGCUGUGGCGCCUCUUAGUGGGGAACUCGAAGAUAAAUUCUCACAGACAAUGGAACAGACCCUACCUCUGCUUAAGAACAAAGAUUGGUCAAAUUUAAGCCAAAUUUUGAACAUAGCAGAUACGGGCAGGAAAAAUUGUUGUUGCAAAUGCCAUAAUUCUACUUUCGACGACGUCAAAUAUAAUGAUCUCAAUGAAACCAAGAAAGUGGAGGUCGGAUCCCAAACCCUAAGCACGGGAGACAUUGUUAUUACGAGAAUACACUUCAGGGAAGAAGAUAAACUCAACGAAAGAAUUCUUGAUGCUUCUCCUCUGAGCAAGAGGGCAGGCAUCAACAACAAUAUGUCUUGAUGACGCUCAGACAACGAAAAUUUUACUUCCAUUUUUCUGAGUGCCACAGUUUAAUUUCGAAACUACUCCUGUAUGUGAUCAAUUUUUUUUUUACAUAGUUUUUAAGUUAUAAUCAUGUUUAAAAGUAUACAAUCCUAAAGUGGGCUUAUGGUCUAGUUUACUAGGUAUCAGAUAGCGGUGUAUUUGUUCAAGAUUGAAUUAAUUAUGUAGUGAGGACAUGCAUUAAUCGAGUGUAUUGUAAAACGCCUACACCGCGCCGUUUGCUCAUUUAAGCGGAGCUCGCGUGUACUGCUUACAUUCGAAUAAAUGCAACGGUAAACCGCAUAAUAUAGCUGCUUAACAGUCAUGAGACGGGUCUGGCCGCGAAAUUCAAAUUUAAUUUGGUUUUUGGUUUUUUGGUUUUAAGUUGGUUAUGGCAUUUUAAUUGCGCCAAUGGCAGGAUCAUCCUCACAGGUUUAUAUAAAAAUCUUUACUUGAAAGAGUCCAGUUAAGGAAUUGGCUAUUGUAUCGACUAAUUUGUGAGUAACUCAUGUCAAACACAUUAUUUUAACUAAUUUCUUAAACUGAACACUGUCAAGUAAAGAGUUUUAUGUAAUCCUGUGAAGAUGAUACUGCCAUUGUCGGAAUUAGAAUGCCAUAAGCCGUAUGUCGUAUUAGUUUAUUAAUUGCGAAAAACCAAAUUUUGAAUUUCGCAGGUAGACCCGCCUCAUGCCCCUUAAUUCCAUUAUCUGGAAUUGUCAGUAUCUGCUGUUAAUAUUUACUUUAUAUACUUAUAGUUAGUUAUUUAUUUGGCUAUUGCCGAAACAAUCCGAACUUGUAUGUGAUAGAUUUAUGGCCUUGAUUUUUUGUCUCGAUCUUUUUGCAUUGUUACUAAAAUCAAAUUAACAUGCAACAUUUUUUUUUUUAAAUGAAAUCAAAUUGAAUGAUCGAGUAUCUUUAUCACGCUGUUAAGUGGGCGGUAGUUUUAGCUAAUAUCUCGAAAACUAUAUCGAAAAUGGCAAUAAUAGUUAUACAAUAAAAGUUUUUAUUGUUCAAAUAUUUAACUAUUGUUUAGAUGUAGGUUCAUUAAUGUUUAUUAUUACGUAGGUAUAGUGUCAAAGAGAUAAUAUAACGCGAGGUGGUGCUUGGAAAAUAACUUAUUCUAGCUUUAUCGAGUUAAAUGAACUAACUAAUAUUUAAUGUUUUUGUACAAUAGCAAAACGUUUAAAAUAAUUUCGUGCCUUCGAGUCAUAUCCAACGGAUGCCUUCGUAAAAUAAUAUACUUACUAAUUAUUUGGACGUGUAGCUUUUAUACGUAUUUAGAAUAAUAUCUACACAUUCUUUAGAUGAAAUUUAUUUAUGAAAAUAUUUGUUGUGUAGGUAGUAUUUUACAAAAAAAAAUGAAAUAUAAGGCUAUGUAAAAUAGCAAUAGCUUUACACAUGAGUUGGGGAUUCUAAGCAUGUUGAAUACUUUCGAAUAGUUUAUUUUUGUUUUACAUAUACAUAAUGAAUAGUAGGUAAAUACGUUACAAAUCAAGUGAUAUGGUUAUAUUACGCUUCAUUUACUAGUUGCUUAUAUUUAUUAGCUUCAGUAGCGUUUUAUGUAUUACUCAUCAGUAUUGCCUUGAACCAAGUUUUAUUUCCAUUUUUUGUACAUAAACACUUAUGUAAUAUAUUACUUAAGAACGUCCUUUUUCAAUGAAGUUCAAAUGAAUUUUGGCAUCCUUUUUAGAAAAUCAACUUUUUCUUAUUGUUAAUGUAUUUGUGCCUAAAUAUUGCACAAUUUUGAAGAAAGAUUUUGCCCUUGUAUUUUGCAAAAGAUUGUUUCAGUGCCACUUAAACUUUUAAUUUUUAAGAUGCAUUUGUAGUCAAAAUAAGCUGAAUAAUCAUCUGUUAUUACUUAUUGAUCGAAUGUUUACAAAAGUUAGAUAAGAACAUUUUUGUGAAAAGUCUAGAUUUUCGGCAACUGAUUUUUGUAGCAAAUUAUCCGUUUAUUAAUUUGCACAUUGUUUAAGUUUAAAUCAACCUAAUAAAAAAGUUUUUAAGCAAA